AAACACACCAGGGCCAGUCAGUGAGCGCAUCAUUAUACUGUGAACAGGCUGUCUUGACCACUGGAAUUCCAAGACAAAGGUCUUAUGGUGUGUCUUAGUCUGAGGAAAGAUUCAGCAUGGAUGAUAUCGACCUUCCAGUGAACCUGAGAUGUAUUCUGCCCUUCGCUGUGUUAUUAGCAGUUUCUCCAGCCUUAGCAAACGUACGGCUCAUAAAUGGGACGCAUCGUUGUGCUGGAAUAGUUGAGGUUCUUCAUGACGGUCAGUGGGGUACCAUAUGUGGUGGCAAAGCCUGGAAGGACACCAGCGCUGAGGUGGUUUGCAAAGAGCUUGGAUGUGGGACAGACGUUACGACCAACAAACACCCCAGAGAAUCGUCUCAGCCAAUUUGGCUUGAUGAGGUUGUCUGUGAUGGAAAGGAGUCCUCAGUCAUGAACUGCGGCCACAGACCUUGGGGGAACCACCGUCCUUACUGUGAACGCUACAACGCAGGCAUUGUCUGCUCAAACACCUCUGGUUCAGCUGAUGCAAGGCUGAUAAACGGGCCUGACCGCUGUGCUGGCCGAGUGGAGGUUUAUCGUGGUGGACAGUGGGGCCCUGUGUGUGAUCAUCGCUGGAAUAAGACUGAUGCUGAAGUGAUUUGCCAGAAGCUGGGCUGUGGGUAUGCCCUUGAGGUGACCAAAUCAGCCCAUGGCAGGGGAACUCAUGGCUGUGGACAUGGUGAAGGUGCUGCAGAGGUUGUCUGUUCAGCUGUCAGGCUGGUGAAUGGGCCAAAUCGAUGUGCUGGCAGAGUGGAGGUUUUCCACGACGGAGUUUGGGGAACCGUGUGUCACGACUUCUGGAACAUGACGGACGCUGAGGUGGUCUGUAAAGAGCUGGACUGUGGGAAGGCCAUUGAAGCACCAAUUGAAGCGCGUUUCGGAGAAGGAUCUGAUCCAAUUUGGCUGGAUGACGUGUUAUGCACUGGAAAGGAGUCGAGUCUGAUGAACUGUGGUCAUUCACGUCUGGGACUUCAUAAUUGUGGACAUCAUAGAGACGCUGGAGCUAUCUGCUCGGAGUUGAUUACUACCAUGAUAGAAUGCAAGGAUGUGAUGUGUAAGCUCCGUUUUCUGGAUCAGCUGGAGAAGACGACAUCAGUGCUCCCUGAGAGGAUAUUGACCAACGCGCUAGAUUAUUUACUGGACGUUAACCAACAGAAUCUGACUGCACACGGAGGUGCCAUCAUUCAGUCUGCUGAGUUGCUGGCAUCUAGACUGAUGCAACCGGGUCUCACCAACAAAGAAAUUAGCACAAAUACCACAGAGAUACAGAUUGUGAGUGUUGGACCAAAUGCCUCUCUAGCUGGACACACUCAGCUGACGUCUUCUGACGUUCUUCUGGACAUCGACCUCCUGGGAAUCGCCCAGAAUAACAAUGGUUUAGCAUCUGUGGUGCUGAUGUCCUACAAUAAUAUGCAGGAUGUCCUUCACGCCAGCCUCUUCGAAACAGAAAACGACACAGCUAAGACCAUGUUGUCGAAAGUGGUAUCUGUCAUUUUGCCCAAAACCCAGAACAAGACACUGCCAAGUCCAGUCAACAUCACCUUCCAACACAUCAAACCCUCAGAUCUAACUGGGGAGCUCUCCUGUGUGUACUGGAACGUCAGUUAUUGGAUAGAGGAUGGAUGUCACGUCAGCCAAACCGACACCACAUACACUGUGUGCACCUGUGUCCACCUGUCCACCUUUGCUCUCAUCAUGCAGACAGACACUCAUGACCAGACUUCCAAGAGCGAUCCAAUCUUGGAGUUGCUGCAUACCAUCUUGGCGUCGAUUGGGUUGGUGUUCCUGAUCGUGGCUGUGGUGACCUUUGCCCUCUGCCGGUUUAACCCCAGAGUGACCAACGCCGCUCGUCUCAACCUCUGCAUCAGCCUGCUGCUAGCUCAUAUGCUGUUUCUGCGCACUCAGAACUUCCUGCACCUCAUUAAGCCUCACCAGGUGCUGUGUAAGGUGCUCUCCGGUGUGCUGCACUUCCUGUACCUGUGCUGCUUUGUGUGGAUGUCCAUGGAGGCCGUGCUGCUCUUCUUCUCCGUCAGGAAGCUCAGGCAGGUCAAACCCAACGACCGCGCGGGGCCACACUGGGGCUACAAGCUCCUGAUUGGCUACGGAGUUCCACUGGUCAUUGUGGGCGUGUCUGCUGGGGUGAUGCCUCAUGGAUAUGGAAGUCAGCAGUGCUGGCUUAAGACUGACUCUGGGUUUAUCUGGAGUUUCCUUGGUCCUGUUUGCCUCAUUCUUGCGGGCAACAUCAUACUCUUUAUCGCCAUCAUAGUCACUCUCCACUCCACUCUGAAAGAGGCACGAAGUGAUGUGUCUAAGGUGAAAUACACCAGAGUCCUACUGUUCAAAAUCAUGGCCCAGUUUGUCAUCCUGGGUUGCCCAUGGAUCCUUGGCUUGUUUACAGCAAAAAGCAAAGUCCUCGAAUUUAUCUUCAUAAUUCUCACUUCACAACAAGGCACUUUCAUCUUUCUUGUUCACUGUCUCCUGAAUGAUGAGGUGCGCCGUCAGUACAAAAAAUGGUGGCAGGAAUUCAGACCAUCUGAGAAACAUCUGUCUACCACUGCUACCACAGAAUUAAAUGACUACGUCAGAACAUAAAGAAUGACAGGUCCACUAACGACGGACCCCAAUGGAUUCACUUGAUAGCAAACUCAAUUAGGCGUGUGGUUCUCCAUGGGCUUUGUAAUCAACCAUGCAGCAUAUUCAGCAUAACCCUCACAUUUUGUGAUAGGCCUACAGAAAUGAGCAAUGCGAUUCAUUCUUUGCUUGCUUACACAACAGCCUUAAAGCAAAAUUCAUCAACCUAUACCAGCUCUUAAAGGACAGUCUUCAACCUUCUCAGUAAAACUGCUAGCCUAUAUCAUGAUUGAUUGAAUGACUUUAUUUUUGUUUUUUUGCUAUUUUCCUAUUUUCCAUUGUUUAUGUCCAUUAGGUUAUUGCUUGAAUUGAUAUUAUUUAAUGUUUCUAUUGUUUGUUUUGAUAUUGUUUAUUGUAUAUUUGUACUAUUCUCCCUACUGUAGUCUGACGAACUUUUUGAAAUUGUUCACUGUUAAAUUAAUUAUUGUAUUGUUUUUAUUUGUAUGCCGCUUUGGACAAAGGCGUCUGCCAAAUUGCCAUAACCAUAACCAUAACCAUAACCCAUCAUGUCCAUUUAAUUCAUCAAGAGAGAUCCUGGUUCCUUCUGCAAGUAGGCCUAUAUGGGAUUGUUUCUUUGUUUGAAUAUCAAAAUCGACUAAAAUGUGUAGUGGGCCUAAUUGUAAAAAAAAAAAAAAAAAAAAUUGCUGUUGUUGUUGUUGUUAUAAAAUGUAGGCUAUAGGCUAUUUUAUUUAAUGCAAACCAGUAACAUUUGUAUUAUGUUGUAGCCUACGAUAUUGUUUUAAUAUUAUCAUUUAAUCUUAGUAGGGUAAAAGCUAAACAUUAAAACAUUGUUUGACUAAAAUAUUUGAUUAGCCUACCACCUCUGUUUCUUUGUUGAAUUUCUCAAACAUGGAAGUAAACACCGUCUCC